AUGGAGACCAGCGGCGCAAGAAGGUGGAAAUAUCAAGCGAUUACGCAUUGGCGCGAACGCAGAAACUUGAGCGGAAGGUUUGGACUGCGUGAAGGUCCCACAUGUGCAAUACCGAGCAAUUUCCAGUUGUCGAUGAUAUCUCGACACAGACACAAGCACCAGGUGGUAUUAUAUGCUGAAUUUGAUCUGACUAAAGGAAGUACAUUACGUCGUACUUAUCCAGUAUCUUUCACACACUAUUCUUCCGAGUUUUUUGCUGAUAGUAUGGUACCUGAAGACGUCACCAUAUCAAGUGAAAAGAAGGACAAGGAAACGACACAACAAGUGGAUGAGCAUGAGAUACAAGAUCCAUUGCAGUGUUUCAUGUAUUGUCUCAGUCUAGUACGGACAACACACGAUACGGCAGCUCAACGUGGUGCUAAAGUAACAGCCGUCGCGUUAUGCUCAACUCACAAGAGCUCGAUUGCUCUAAAGGAUGUACUUGAUGUGGCUGUACUGAAACUUGUAGGUGUCAAGACUGAAGAAGAGAGUACAGAGAUAUUGAAAGAAUUAUACAACGUAGUAAAUGCGAUUGAUAUCUCGGGUAUUCGUGGCCUCUCGAGUAUGGAACGAAGACUUAUGAAACGUAUGACAAGUCAUACAGGACACAGUGUGACGAAUCAACCACAUGUCAAGAUGCUGGAUCAUACAUUGUUCUUUGAAACUCAAGCUCUAUGGAAUGAAAUACCCAUUCCUUUGCAGUUUAAAAUCUGCAGCACAGAUGAUCAACAUGAUUACGGAACAUUGACGGAGUUGUUACAGACUUUUGGAGAUCAAACAAUGGUGUUGUUGAAUGCUUUACUGACUGGACAGCGAGUGAUUAUACUAGGGUACAAUCGACCGGCGGGUGAAGUGUGCAAUUUUGUACUUGCCACAAGCUCGCUGGUUUGUCCACCGUUAUUUGGAUUUAUUCAUCGACAAUACCCCUAUGCAAACCUCACGGACUUGGACUUUCUGUCUACACCGGGGUUUAUUGCUGGUGUGACGAAUCCCAUGUUCAAGACAAAACGAGAGUGGUGGGAUGUUUUAUGCGAUAUAUCAACGGGCGAAGUUUUUGUGUCAGUGCCGGUUGAAAAGGAAGAUUACGAUGUUUUGGAUCGCAACUUCGUUCUCGAGGUAUUGGACGGAAUAGCUGCAGGUUACGACGAGGAGUGGGUGCGGUGCAUGUUUGAGGAAUACGUGCGCAAAAAUAUUGUGGACAUUGCAUUAGGUGAGGCGAACUACGUGGACCAUGAUGUACUGGCAAAGCGGUCAGCAAUCAAUAACAAGCGUAUCACCAAGUGGGCUCGUACUGAAAGCUACAAAAGCUUUAUGGACUCGCGUCAACGCUCACACGUUUGCUCACCAGCGUUUGAUGUGAAGAAAACGGGCGUGGAUCUGAAGCAGCACAUUCGAAGUCUCCAAGGCGAUAUGGUGGUGUUAGAUGACACACUCGUGGAGAAAAUCUACUCGGACUUUGCGGCGCUAUUGAACACAGAGCUGGAACUACAAGAGUUCCUAAGCCAUUUGCCAAUGCUACGCGGAGGCCUCCAGACCAUUGCGCAGGGAAUUUUCCAUUCUUCCAUCAGCGUCAAGUACAAUACUGUGGUGCUUUUGAAGCGCCUGGAACAGUUCCCAUCAACUGCAUCUAGCAUGCAUCAACUCAAUGCGUUCUUGCUGAUGUCAUAUCAGCGGAUCCACGACAUUGAAGAGCUUCGCAAGGAAACGGCAAACAUCGCAAAUCUGCAAGCAAGUAAACGCAGAAAGCUAUAG